AUGCCGCCGGAUCGGUACAAUCUAAUAGUGGAGGGGUAUUUACGGGAAACCAGCUUUUAUCAUGUUUCACAGAUUGGAGUUGUCCAAUGUCAGUCGGCAUUGGUUAAUGCUCUGGUCGAGAGAUGGCGCCCUGAGACGCACACGUUCCACUUUCCGGUUGGUGAGUGUGCCGUGACACUGGAGGAUGUGGCGUUAAUUCUUAGUCUUUCGACAAAUGAUUUGCCAGUUACGAGACCGACACUGAGCAAUUAUGAGGCUUUAGAGGCUGAAUGCUUGGAUCAGUUUGGUGUUGCACCUAUGAAGGCAGACUGCAGGGGAAGUUUCAUCAAGUUGGUUUGUUUUCGAGCAUUGAAAGAUCGAUUAGUGUUGGUUGAUGAUAUCCAGAUUCAGAGGUACGUGAAGUGCCACAUAAUGUUAUUGUUUGGACUGUUAUGUUUGGAGAUAAGUCUGCAGCAGGGGUGCACUGGAAGUUUCUGCCGUUACUCCGUAACUUUGCCGGGAUCAUACAGUUCAGUUGGGGAUCGGCCUGCCUGGCACACCUGUAUAGAUCGUUGUGUAGAGCAACUCGUGUCGACUUGGCAUAACUGGGAACGUGAGAAUCGGCCUUACAGAUAUCGUACCCUUGAGAACUAUAGGAGAGAUCUGGAUGUUCUGCAAGAAGGACAUUUUGUUUGGGAGCCUUAUGCAAUUGGAAGGACCGAUCCGGACGUGAUUCUUCCUGACAUCCGUCAGCAUUCUGCUAUUUGGAGUGCCACAAUUUUACUUAUAUCUUUUGAAUGUAUUGAGUGGCAUGCAUCUGAUAGAUUGAGGAGGCAAUUUGGCUUGACUCAGGGCGUUCCUAAUCAGGAGCGAGACCUAGGUGAAGCACACGGCGAAGUUCUGACAAGUUCAAAAAAUCAAGAUUGGUCUGGAACCCACUCAUUCUGGGUUAUGCAUUGGAUGAACCGGUAUAGUCAUGUUCUUGUCGAGCACACGGUGCCUUCACAGCAUCAGGCAGAUAUCCACUUGCAUUGGUACCGAGGUACAUAUGGUGACCACUUGCAUCUGUCACAGAUCGAACCACAAGAGAAUCAGCACGGUGAUCCUAUGCAUAAUCAGGAGAACCAACAAGUACAAUCACCGCCACCACCAUCGCCACCGCAACCACCACCGCCCCCCUCACAAACACAGGCACAACAAGAGCUUGAGCAGUUCACUCCAUACAUUCCUGACACGUAUUCUGCGGAUUACUUGACUCCACCAGUAUAUCAGCAGUACUGGAGUGUCCCGCACCAAGAAUAA